GCCAGCGUUCGUCGCACCCUAUCGCAUACUUGCUGCGCUUCACCUCAAAAGAUCCUCUUUUCUUUCCCUCCCUCGCACCAGAAAGCGAGAGAAAGUAGUGGGAAAAUUCUCUAUCUGAUGAUAGAGAAAUGGCAUUCUCUUUCUCGAGUUCACUCAGUCCCACCCAGUUCCCCAAACCCUUAAACCCUUCCAGUACCCGCCCUGUCCAACUGCCUGGUUCUUUCUCCAGUUUCGUCCCUCGGAGACAGACCCAGAGAACAAAAUUAUGCUCCAAAUUCGAUCUGUUACUCUCGAGAAGAACUGGGUUUGUUUCUUGUAGUGUGUCGAGCUCUGGUUCUAAUGGGUCUUCCCCCAACACGGAAGAAGACGCUGAAGCGACUCGUUUGUUCGAGAAAUUAAAGGAAGCAGAAAGAGACCGUAUAAACAAAUUGGAGGAGCUUGAGAGAAAGGCUAAUGUACAGUUAGAAAGACAGCUUGUAAUGGCUUCAGACUGGAGUAGAGCCUUGCUCGCAAUGCGCGGGAAGUUAAAGGGAACAGAAUGGGAUCCUGAAAACUCUCAUCGGAUCAAUUAUAGCGACUUUAUGAGACUCUUAGAUUCAAAUAGUGUUCAAUACAUGGAAUACUCAAACUAUGGCCAGACAAUAUCAGUGAUAUUGCCUUAUUAUAAAGACGGGGAACCUCAAGGAGAAGAUAACUCGAAAAAGGAGAUUAUUUUCCGUCGUCACAUUGUGGACCGUAUGCCAAUUGAUUGUUGGAAUGAUGUCUGGAAGAAGUUGCACCAGCAGAUAGUGAACAUAGAUGUUUUCAAUGUAGAUGCGGUUCCAUCCGAGGUCUACUCUACUAUUGCGACUUUUGUGAUAUGGUCUAUGAGACUUGCCCUGUUUGGUUCACUGUAUAUUUGGAUCGACAAUAUUAUGAGGCCAAUUUAUGCCAAACUAAUCCCUUGCGAUCUUGGAACCCCAACCAAAAAGACAAGGGAACCACUUAAGCGUCGUGCACUUGGAUCAUUAGGCAAGAGUCGGGCAAAAUUCAUAUCUGCAGAGGAAAAAACAGGUGUUACUUUCGAUGAUUUUGCUGGCCAAGAGUACAUAAAGAAUGAAUUGCAAGAGAUUGUGCGCAUCUUAAAGAAUGACGAGGAGUUUCAGGACAAAGGCAUUUACUGUCCGAAGGGUGUACUUCUUCAUGGACCUCCUGGAACGGGAAAAACUCUGCUGGCUAAAGCCAUUGCUGGAGAAGCUGGUUUGCCUUUCUUUGCGGCAAAUGGAACUGACUUUGUCGAGAUGUUUGUAGGUGUGGCUGCAUCCCGUGUAAAAGACCUUUUUGCUAGUGCUAGAUCAUUUGCCCCUUCUAUAAUCUUUAUCGACGAGAUCGAUGCAAUCGGAAGUAAGCGUGGUGGGCCAGAUAUUGGCGGGGGUGGAGCAGAGAGGGAACAAGGUCUCCUUCAAAUCCUGACAGAGAUGGAUGGAUUUAAAGUUACCACAUCACAAGUUUUGAUUAUAGGUGCAACAAAUAGGUUAGAUAUUCUUGAUCCUGCUCUUUUGAGAAAGGGUCGUUUUGACAAGAUCAUAAGAGUUGGUUUGCCAUCAAAGGAUGGCAGAUUAGAAAUAUUAAAGGUUCAUGCUAGAAAUAAGUUCUUCAGAUCCGAGCAAGAGAAGGAGGUGUUGCUGCGAGAAGUUGCUGAGCUUGCAGAAGAUUUUACUGGAGCAGAACUGCAAAACGUUCUUAACGAAGCUGGAAUCUUGACUGCUAGAAAAGACUUGGACUACAUUGGACGAGAAGAACUUUUAGAAGCUCUAAAAAGGCAAAAAGGGACAUUUGAAACAGGACAAGAAGACAGUACUGAAGUUCCAGAGGAGUUGAAGUUGAGACUUGCAUACCGAGAGGCGGCUGUUGCUGUUCUUGCAUGCUAUCUCCCUGAUCCAUAUCGUCCUAUUGCUGAGACCGACAUAAAUUCUAUUCGAAGUCAACCAAAUAUGCGAUAUGCAGAAACUUCAGGGAGAGUCUUUGCGAGAAAAUCAGACUAUGUUAACUCAAUCAUCCGCGCAUGUGCUCCUAGGGUAGUUGAGGAGGAGAUGUUUGGGAUCGAAAACUUGAGCUGGAUCUCUGCUAAGUCUACCUUAGAGGCUUCAAGACUUGCAGAGUUUCUGAUUCUUCAGACAGGAAUGACUGCUUUCGGAAAAGCAUACUAUAGAAAUCAAAGGGAUCUCGUUCCAAACCUUGUUCCUAAACUCGAGGCACUACGAGAUGAAUACAUGCGAUUUGCUGUUGAGAAAUGCUCGUCCAUCUUACAAGACUGUCAAGCCGCCCUCGAAGAAAUCACUGAUGUUCUGCUCGAGAGAGGAGACAUCAAAGCUGAUGAGAUUUGGGACAUAUACAAGAGAUCUCCGAGGAUUCCUCAAAAACCCGUGAAGCCGGUUGAUGAAUAUGGAGCCCUGAUUUAUGCUGGAAGAUGGGGAAUUCACGGUGUAUCGUUACCGGGCAGAGUAACAUUUGCUCCGGGAAACACUGGCUUUGCUACGUUUGGUGCUCCCCGUCCCAUGGAGACACAAAUCAUCAGCGACGAAACGUGGAAGCUAGUAGACGAUAUCUGGGACAAGAAGGUUGAUGAGAUGAAGACUCAGGCUUCAAUGGAGGUCGAGGAGGAAAAGAAAAAACCUCAACUUUUGAUGGCAAGCCAUUUCUUUUGACCAUAUUCAGUUUUGCAGUUUCAGACAGAGCUGGGCAAGAACAAGAACAUUAUAUAACGGACAUCCAAAAAGAGCCCAAAGUGCAGGAACCAACAGAGCAGGAGGAGAUCCUUUUCUUGUACAGAGACACUUCUGGUUUUUGUGUAUUGACGCUAAACCGGUAUGUUCCCGAGCGAGUGAGCCAGCAAAGCUUCUUCUUCUGGUGGUUAACCGGUUCAUAAUUUCUAAACCGAUUCCGGUUAUCUUUGGUACUCGACCUGAGUAGUGAUGAUACUCGUUAGUCGUUACAGAGAGGGGUGUUCCGUGCUGCUGCAUGGGGCUCGCGUGAAUUGGGCUGUGAUGGCUUUGAUGGCGCGUCAUUACAAUUAUUACCAAGUAUACUUAUCCAUUUAUAUUUUUCAA